AGCUGUUUCAGUAUUGAUUAUCAAAAGCUUUGUUUAUAAAUGUAAAUUCCAAUUCUAAUAGGAAGCACUAAAUAGAAGAUAUGACUCCACAGGACGCAGAUUUGGCAUUCAAAACCAAGAAAACUUCCGAAAAAAUAUGCGAAAACAUACAUAUUGUAGCCAAUGAUCCAUCAUUGGCAUUUUUUCGCAUACAGGAACAUGUAAGGAAGGUGCUACAGCCAAUUUCAGAUAAACGAGCGGAAGUUAUACAGUUGCAAACGAAUUUACAAGGGCAUUGCUAUGACAUGGAAUACGCAGUUGGCGCCGUUAAAGGUGUGGAGCAUUCUGAAGCUAUUUUCAAAAAUAUACAAGAAAUGAUAAAAACUUCAAUAUUUCUUAAACAACAACUAAAGUAUGGUGAACUAAAAAACAAGUCAAAGAAGGAUUCAACUAGUAACUCCGUUUAUAAGCGCUUCUCUGCACAUUUAACAUUGGACUUGCCGGAAUUACCGGAUUUUAGUGGCGUUAUGCGCGAAACUAGUCAACGGGUAGAAACUAUGAUGACAUCCACAUCUAGAGACAACAAUGUACCACAAAGUAGUACCAGCGAAUUGCAGAGAUCGUAUACUACAUUACAUUAAAGUUGAACUGUUGAAAUAUUGCUCCACAAUAUUGUACGAGUGUGUAUAAAAAUAAGAACUGAAAGUGCUCCUCCUACCCUAAACAUAUGUAUGUAUGUACGUAUAAACAUACUUAAGUAUAUACAUCCAUAUUUACGCUUUCUAUACACACAUCAUUUUCUUUCCAGACUGUUUAAAAUUUCAUUACCGCCUACAUAGUCCUCAAUUCGAAUUAUCGUGUUAUACCCCGGCACCAUACAACUAAAUAUAUUUAUUUGGACGGACAAUGACUUUUAUAUAAUAAAAACCCAACUCUCAAUAAGCAUCACUACAGUGACCAAUGUCUGUCACCUUGACAGAAUUCCAAAUAAUGGGGUGUUUGUCUAAUACGUAAUUAUGAUUAAGAAAUAUUUUUUCAAUUCAUAUCAAUUUUUAUCAAAAAUAUAAACAAAGUACAGAAAUUA